AUGGCGUUUUGGGAGAAUGUGUUUAUUGGUCAAUCCAAAAUCUACAGCUACCUGAAUCCUAACAAAACUCCUGGUGCUCGCCCCCCGCUUCAAGAAGAAAACUCUGUCAUGUAUCACGAGGUGAAAUGUCAGGGCAAAACACUAAAGGAAACCUACAGGAAAGGAGAUGAAAAAAAGAAUGGUGGCAAUAUAAUUGAAGGUGCUAUGAAACCAGAAGAUCAGAAAGAUAAAGAAAGUGGGUGCAAUACUUCAGUGCCCUCCUCUGAUCAAAACCAAGAAACUGUAGAAACCCAAAAGACACCCUUGUCUUCAGACUGCGCUGAUGAGGGCAAUGCAAAGCCAGCUCAGAAAAAGAUGGUUAAAGCAAAACGUGGACCAAGGAGAAAAACACAAGGAAGAACACCAAAUCGAAAAGUGACAGAUUAUUACCCAGUUAGAAGAAGUUCCAGGAAGAGCAAAUCCGAAUUGGAGACUGAGGAGAGGAAGAAAAUAGAUGAGCUAAUUACAAGUGGGAAAGAAGAAGGAAUGAAGAUUGAUUACAUCGAUGGCAAAGGGAGAGGAGUAAUUGCUACUAAACAUUUUAAUCGAGGAGAAUUUGUAGUUGAAUAUCAUGGGGAUCUCAUAGAGAUCACUGAUGCUAAAAAGAGAGAAGCUGUGUACGCUCAAGAUCCAUCCACAGGCUGCUAUAUGUACUAUUUUCAGUACCUCAGCAAAACAUACUGUGUUGAUGCUACAAAAGAAACUAAUCGUCUAGGAAGACUGAUUAAUCACAGCAAAUGUGGCAAUUGUCAAACAAAGCUUCAUGACAUCGAUGGUGUGCCUCAUCUCAUACUGAUAGCUUCCAGAGACAUUAAAGCAGGUGAAGAACUGUUGUAUGACUAUGGAGACAGAAGCAAAGCUUCCAUUGAAGCUCAUCCAUGGCUGAAACACUAAUUCAUCUUUGCUUGGGUGGUUUUUUUUUUGGACUGAGUGAUCUACAAGGAGUCAGUGGAUUUUUUUUUUUUUUUCUUGUCCUCACUUCCCUCAGCUUUCUUAGUGGACUGCUUAUGGUGUUCUGAGCUCCUUAAAAACUACCUUUCUGCUUUGCAGUAUUUAAAUACCUAUUACAGUUUUCCAGGCAGGCUUGAAUAAUCGAUCUUAGAUUGCCAAAACUUUUAUAUCAUAAAAGGAAACCCUAAAAUUUGAAUACAUCUAUAUAGUGACCAGUGCCACUUGAGCAUGCAGUCAAAGACUUGCACAGAAACUUAAUCACUUGAGUUGUGCUUCUGCUUUUGCAAUGAAAUCUCAUGCUCCACGUUGGGGGGUGAUGAACUUGGCAUUAGCUUUAUGACAGCAGAUGUACUUCUGUACUCUGACUCGUACAUCCAAUGGCUUGACUGCUUGUCAGACUGCUUUUUGCAACCCAGUGCUGACAGGCUUCUGAGAUGGAUGCUACUAUCAUUCUCAAAUAAUUUGUGGUAGGGAUCCAGUUUUUCCAGUGUCGUAUCUCAUGUUGGCAAUGAACUUUAAAUGCACUGGUGCAGAGGGAAAGGGAUGGUCAAAUUGGCUGCUUUCUUCAGAGAAAUGACUCCAAGCCAAAUGAAGAUGGAUUUUGAUAGACUGGGUUGAUGCUGAUUUGAAAUGUGAAGAUAAAACUUCACAAUGAGAAUCAAUGUUUGACACGACUUAUUUUCUAAAAUGUAAGAUGGUACCUUUUUAUAGUUGAUGGCUGAUUCCUGGAGGUGUCUCCCAGAGGAUUUUAAAGAAGUAAAAGAAAAAAUUCUCUCCAAAACUUUUAUUACCUUCCUAUGCUAAUUAGCCACAUUGGAAGCUAUUUAUUUACUGUGAAUGCUUGAAGUAGAGCAUAGCGGUUCCAAAAAUAGGAGUCAUCUUCAUAUGCAGCUUCAAACUGUAAUGAUGGAGUUCAUGCAAUGAAGAAAGUAGAUUCCUUAUUGCCUGGUCCUGUAGGUCUGUCCAGCAUGGUCUGGUCCCACUGUCUUAAAUGGGAGUUGAGUGCUUAGCAUCUUGCGGAUGUUCAUAAUGUUACUGUUGGAGAACCAAAUCUGUGAUAUAGGCAGGCAAUACAAUGCAGGUCCUUUAUGUUAAAGAUGAAUUCUUACCAGUUGGAAUUUUUGCCAAGGCCCGCUUGGCACGUGUGUAGAUGAAAAUGGCUGUGA